AGUCCCAGCCGUGCGUGUGUGCAUUCGUGAAAGUGGUGAUAAAACUAUUAAUAGUGCAAGUGAUAAGAAAACUGAAGAAAAAUAACCCAUUUAUCCUGCAGAGGGACUGUGUAAAAAGGCUGGAUAAAAGUGACUGUUAAAGAUGAAGCAAAAAUGUGAAAAUGUGUGGUUUAUUAAAGCGGUACUUUUAUGCUUCCUGGCAAUGGCAAUAGUACAAGUUUCUGCUCAAAGUGAUGGGGGCCAGAAAUGGACACCUACGUGGGCGGACCGUCUCAAGAAGGAUCUCCUAAAGGAUUAUGAUCCAUCGCUUCGUCCAUCCCAGCAUUACAACGUCACGACGGUAGAAACAAGUAUCACGAUCACACAUGUGGAAAUUAAUGAAAUUAAAUCGACGCUAUCUGUAUACGGUUGGAUGAAGUUUGCUUGGAAUGAUCCCAAGCUUACCUGGAAUCCAGCAGAUUACGGAUAUCUGGACGUAGUACGUUUGGAUCCUACUAUCGUCUGGCGACCGGAUGUGGUGCUGUACAACAAUGCUGGAGGUUCGGACAAUCAUCACUACGGAGACACUAACGCUCUGGUAUACAACGGCGGAAAGGUGCUGUGGGUUCCACCGACCGAGUACCAUGCGUUCUGUGAGUUAAACAUGCGUUUGUGGCCGUUUGAUUACCAAAAAUGCAUGGUGAAGAUUGGUUCCUGGACAUUCGAUGGAUACAAGCUGAAUCUUACCCUUGGAGACGAGCCACAGAUUGAAAUUCUGGUAAAGAAUUCUGAGUGGAGAAUCGUUAAAGUGGCUACCGAAAGACACACGACCUUCUAUCCUUGCUGUACGGAGCCAUACAUCGAUAUUACUUACAACGUGACCCUCCAGCGCCAGUCCGACACCCACAGAGCGAUCGUCGUUAUUCCUGCCAUAGUGAUCAUCAUGUUUGCACUCUCCGUAUUCUGGCUACCGUUGCAAGCCGGCGAAAGGAUCGUCAUGAACGGCAUUAUUGCGCUGAUGAUUACCCUCUUCUUGAUCUAUUUCGCUCAGCAAUUGCCGGCCAUUUCCGGUCUAACGCCGUUGAUCGUUAUAUUCUUCAGCAAUACGCUGCUCCUGACCGCCUUCAGCACCAUCAUCAGUGUGGUUGUGCUGAACAUGACGAAACCCAAGCACGAGAGAAGCUUACCGAGCAUGCUGAAACGGGUCGCUGGUUGCGUGGGACCAUUCGUGGGCGUAGGAAAGAAACACUUUAGCUUCAGCGACAAAGGAAAUGUAACGAUCGAAAGCAGCAUCGACCACGAAUGGACCAAGUUCGGAUUGGUUCUUAACCGUCUGUCAUUCUUGGUAUAUUGUGUGAUUUUUGUAAUUUGUGCUUUCUAUUCUAUUUGAAUUUUCAACUUCAUCAUGCAAACGCACGUAUUCUGUACUCGCUGUAACAAUGUAUCCGACCUUUUUCAAAUAAAACUUCUUAUGCAAAUCUU